UUGUUGUGACUUGUGAACAUUAACAGCAUCGAGAUUCGAGAACGUUCGAUUAUUUUGUUCUUCGGGUUGUACAACUUUCCGAGACUCACCAUAUCGUCUCCGGUCUCCCUCACCCUCGUUGUCCCGUGUCCGACCUACUCCUUAAUCUUUCCUCUCUCUCUCUCUCCUGAAAUACUCUCAGUUCAUCCCAUUUACCCCUAUUAAUAAAAAACAGAAAUAACAGGAAAAGCUUCUUCAAGUUUCCAUUUUUUACGCUUGUCAUGGCUGCAAGAAUUAUCGCCCAAUUACUCGUCAUGGGUUCUGGGUUGUUAGUUAGGGCUUUUGCUCAAGCUUAUCGUCAAGCUCUUGCCAAUGCCUCUAAAACUGGUGCUGCUCAAGAAGCAAUGCAGAACACUGUACGCAAAGCAAGCAAAGCCAUCACGGAACAAGAAGCAAGACAGAUACUUGGUGUUACUGAGAAUACGGCCUGGGAAGAUAUUUUGAAAAAAUAUGAUAUUUUGUUUGAGAGGAAUGCCAAGCAAGGGAGCUUCUACCUCCAAUCGAAGGUCCAUCGGGCAAAGGAGUGUCUAGAAGCUGUUUAUCAAAACAAAGGUCAAGGUCCCUCUAGUGGGUAACUGAAAUUUUCAUGUUUGGUGUUGGUGUUGUUAUUCUUCUUUUCUCCCCCUUUAUGUAUAUAGAGCAACUUGAUAACUAGAAUAUGUGCUUUUAACAUAAUCUUUAAUGACUUAAUUGUCCCUGGUCCCUGCAGUUGAUUAUGACUGCUAUUACUUUAAAAGUUUUGCCAGCAAGUUGGGCUAAUUUAUGGCUAAUCAUAUUUGUUCCUUGA